AUUAAUAUAGUCCUAGCCCUUCUUACCAACUCUAUUCUAGCAACCAUUGUAGUCCUUAUCGCCUUUUGACUUCCCCAACUCUACCUAUAUUUAGAAAAAUCCAGCCCCUAUGAAUGCGGUUUUGACCCCUUAGGAUCUGCUCGCCUUCCAUUUUCAAUAAAAUUCUUUCUAGUAGCCAUCACAUUCCUUUUAUUUGACCUCGAAAUCGCUCUUCUCCUUCCCCUACCCUGAGCCAUCCAACUAUCAACCACCAACACAAUACUUGCAUUGGCUUAUGCUCUUAUCAUCCUACUUACAGGAGGCUUGGCAUAUGAAUGAUUCCAAAAAGGCCUCGAAUGAACUGAAU